AUGGCGUGGCCCUGUCAUGGCGGGGAAGAUUCCCCUGACAUGAAGGGCUUCGACCUUCUCCGACGGUCGACAAUUUAUGACCUCCUCAAGGAGACUCGUAUCCCCUUCGUCUCCACCGUGGACACGGUCAAGCCGUGCACUUUCGGUGUUGUGCUGAUCACCAGCGUAAGUGUCUUUCCCACUACCCCACGUGCAACUCUGGUUGUCUCGCCAGUUCCGUUUGCUAAGCAUCUCCAGAUUCCAUACGGUAUCACCCGCCAAGAGGUCACUUCUUUCCUGGGCUCUGAAGCACAGUGGCUGGCAAACCACAAUGGGGCCUGUCCUAUUCAUAUCAUGAUGGAACGUUCCACUGGCAAGACUAUGGAUUGCUACAUUGAAUUUGUUUCUGAGCAAGUUGCUGCACGGGUAGCUUAUCGCCUCGGUAAUGCCUAUGAUGCUUACAGUUCCCCUCGAAUGGGUAACCGCCACGUUGAGAUUUCUUUCAGCAACCAAGAUGCCUUGCUCAAGGCUAUGUUUCCCUUAGCCAAGUGUGUCAAGUGGGUCAAUGGCUCUCCUGUUAUACUGGAAGGCAUCCCAGAAUGGUCAAGUGGCUUUGAUGGUUUUCUGACUGGCGAGGAGCUCUACUGCCUUGGUCGUCAUUCGGACACACCUUACCGAAGUGUGUUCGCAAACAGAGUGCCUCAGCGGUGCUACGAAUCCCUCAUCAGCACUAUCUGGAAGUUUCCAUGGUAUGCAACCGGCAUGUACACCGUUCACGACCGCAAUCAACUCUUUGAGCUCUUAAAGCAAAUGGUCGACAAUCUUCGCGCUACGUCGCAAAAGGAAACCCGAACCGUGGGACUUGAUGAACGUCUACUCCGCGAGCUUACCUGGUGUGGAAUUCUUUGCCCUGGCUUCAACCCACGCCAGAAGUACAACAUUGCCAGCAAGUCUCAGCUCCCCGAGUUUGAACACAUUCUGGACCACGACUGGUGCCAGUACUUUCCCUUCGACACCUUGGGCUACGCGGAUGAGUACUCCCUGUUGGACUACCAGAUUUAUGCCUACUUGACGUCUCAGGGUGAGCUCGAUCGCAUCAACAUCGAGAAUGAAGGAUACCACAAUGGCCACAUAGAUCCGCGUGUUCGCAGACUGUUUGGUGUCAACUGGUUCUCAUGGAGGGCUGACACUGCCAAGCUGAAGCUGUUUAAAGAUGCGGUCGAUUACGAGAAGUGCCUCCUCCGUCAGCUCGUCAUCACUGGAUACAGGAGCUACCACGCUAUCCCCCGUGGUGACGAGGAAGACAGCUCCUCUUCGAUUGGGACUGCACCUCCCGAUACCCCAACAGUUACGGUUACCGAGAAGUCUUUUGACAGCCAGAAGACAAUUUCUGCUUUUCCUCGUGCUGCUCCGAUUAUUCUUGUUCCUCCUCCUCGUCCUCCUCCUGAUGCACCACCUAUUUCAGCUCGCACCGCUCAAGUUCUUGCUGCUCCUUUCAAUCGGCGAACUCAAGCUGCUCAGCAGACCGGUGAAAGCGGAAGUCUCCAGUCUCGCACCCUACGUCAUUUGUCUGCACCUGAUUUUCGCUUCAGUGCCCAGCCGAGCUCCUCCAGCCCUCAGCAGGUCAUCGAAACUGUAAACAAGCAGGCUCACUUGCGACGCAACAUGUCCACCCCCGAGCAGUCUAAUUCACUCGUUCCAUGCAACGUUGAAAACACCGAGAGUGGAAGCUCGCGCAAUGAUGACGGUUCUUCCAAGGAGUCUGUCCAGACUACGCCUCGUCUAUCACGCGUUCCGCUGAACUACACUGAUGUCAACUUCCAUCGGCCCAUUUCACCCCAGGAAACUCGUUCCACCUCGCAGGGAGUACGCCCCUCUGGUCAACUUGAAGUUGGGGAAACUUACUCUCCUUUUAAUUCCAUCCCCGAGCCUCAUAUGUCCAAUUUCAUAACCAGUGGUGAAUUUGAUCGCGAGUGGCGUUUCCCAUAUACUUCAAGUGCUAUGGAUGUUCCUCCCCCAAGUUUUAUCCCUUACCGCCGUGCCAUGCCGCGUUCUGCGUCCCAGUUCCUCCCAUUCGAGGCCCUGCCGUACCAGGUAAUGUUCCGGGAUGAGCCUCCUUCGUUGCAAUAUUGCCAAGCUCAGCAGUCUCGGGCUCACCAAGCCCAGUCUCAGGAGCAACAGUCUCAGGACUCUCAGGACUCCCAGGAGUCCCAGGAGUCCCAGGAUCAGCAGCCCCAAAAUCAGCAACACCAGGCUCAAGAACAACAGUCUCAAAAACCCCAGUGUCAGCAGUAUCCUCCACAGAUGUACCUGUCUUACUGUCCCGAGUUUCAGGAUCCUCAGUAUUACCAGGCUUCGUGCUAUCCCCUGCAGCACAACCUCGAGUAUCAACAACUGCAGUAUGAGGCUCGGCAGCUUCAGUCUCAGUAUCUCCAGGCCCAGCAGCUCCCGGCCAAGGAACAACGGUCCAAGGAGAAAGGAAUCCAAGACGAACAGGCUACUCCGGUUCCUCGCUACCGCACCCCCCAUCACCGCGCGACAAGCUCGACUUACAGCCAGAUUCCCACUUACUACGUUCCGCAUGCUACGGCACAGAACAUCCGAUCGCACUCUGAUCCCUUCGCCCCUGGUCCCUAUGAGCCAGCUAGUGCUCGUUCCCGAUCUGACAUGCUCACUGACAACCCCCCUGUCAACACGCCUUUCUUUGAUAGUGUGCGUCAAGGUCAGCGCCAGCGUCGCACAUACCAGCCCCCUCACAAUUCUUCUCGUGGUUCUUCUCGUGGUACUUCCAGAUAA